UGUCACCAUUUUCAAAAUUCCUUCAACCCCACGAUGAGAACCUAAACCCCCCACCCCUACCCUCACCCCGCAAGCCCAAACUCUCAACAAUUCUCGUGCAAUUGCUGUAUCUUUCAGCUUUCCCAACUCUUUGCUCAAAUCUGGAUCUGAUUCAUACAAAUUAGUGGAAAUAUUCAAGUUGUAAAGCAGUGAAAACAAAGAAUCUCAAGUGGGGUUUGUAAAAGCUUUAAUUUUUGGCUUAGCACCAAGGCCAGGGGAUGGUGAAAUAGAGCUUCAUUGGGUUGUCAAAAAGGAAGAAAUUAGAAAAAGAUUGUAUUUUUAAUGUUUUGAGAACAGGUUCUGUGCUCGUGUCAAAUCAGUUAACUGAGGAUUACUACUUUUUGGAAGUGACCAGGUGCAAUGGAGAUAUCAUUGUUAAAAGUUCUUCUCAGCAAAAUCUCCCAAUUUUUCCAUUUAUCAUCAAGUGAAAGCAUAACUGAUAUUUUAGUUCAGAGGUAUUAUUGCAAGGCUGAGGAUCUAUUGAAGAUUUUAAAGCCGAUUCUUGAGGCCAUUGUUGAUGUUGAAGCAGCUUCCAGUGAGAUGCUUCAGAAAGCAUUUGUCGGACUAGCUCAAUUUGUUGAUGAACUGAGGGAGCUGUGUGAAACCUGGCAAACAUUGGGCAGUAAUGUUUAUUUUGUCCUGCAAGCGGAACCCCUGAUCGUACAAAUUCGAACAUGUAGUCUUGAAAUUCUCGAGCUACUCAAAACUUCUCAUCAAUGCCUUCCUACUGAUACAACUUUGACAUCUCUUGAGCACUGUAUACUGAAAAUUAAGUAUGUGGAUUAUGAACUGAUGUCCAUGACUAUCACAAAGUCUAUUGAGGCUCAAAUGGAAGGCUUGGGAGCAAACUCAGACAGCUUUGCAAAACUUGCGGAUUGCCUAAGAUUGAAGUCAAACCGAGAGCUUUUGAUUGAGCUUGUGGCCCUUGAAAAAUUGAAGGAGAACGCUGAACAAGCUGAAAAGACUGAGGAAGUUGAAUAUAUUGAGCAAAUCAUAGCUCUUGUUUCCCAUAUGCACGACUGCUUCAUCACAAUGAAACAGUCUCAGACCUGCACGCCUGUGCCGAUACCUCCUGAUUUUUGUUGCCCCCUCUCACUCGAGUUGAUGACUGACCCUGUAAUUGUUGCUUCUGGACAAACUUAUGAGCGAGCUUAUAUAAGGAAAUGGAUUGAUCUCGGUCUUACUGUGUGUCCUAAGACAAGGCAAAUGCUGGGGCACACAACUCUCAUUCCUAAUUACACCGUUAAGGCACUUAUUGCAAAUUGGUGUGAGUCAAACAAUGUAAAGCUUCCUGAUCCGACAAAAUCUCUGAGCUUGAACCAGCCAUCUUCAUUUCUAGCACAUGCAGAUUCUGGCAUGCCCAGGGAUACCCAGGGUUUUCCCCUUCCGAGGGGCAAUCACUCUUUGUCACCCGAUUCUGCUCGCUCUUUAAACUCUCCACGGAAGAGAUUGAUUUCAUCAAGUAUGACCCAAAGAGAAGGAUCAUCUCCAUCCCAUCCCCAUUCCUCUUUGGAUGAUUCUUUACCUGGAGUUGCUAGUAAUAUGCUUGCUCUGGAUGUUGAAAGGAUAUCUAUUAAGAGUUCUGAAGAACGGAUGGCCCACUCUGGAGAGAUAAACUCACAUGGGCAUUGUAUGUUAGCAGCCAAUGAAUACUCCCUUGUAGGUCAUAAUCGAACCAGCUCGGCACCCAGCACACUAUCUAAUUCAAACUUUUCACCGACAAUUCCUGGUGAUGGAAAUGAAGUGUUCUCAAGGUCAGCAGCAGCUGCGACUGAUGCUUCAGGGGAUGUAUCAGAAUCCCAACCUGUUGCUCCAUUGUCUGUUCUACAAAGGGAGCCAGAAUUCCCAUCCAUGCUGGAGACAAGAGUUCGAAAUCAAUCCAUCUGGGGUAGACCUUCUGAGAGGUUUCCUAGAAUAGUUUCUUCUGCUACGGUUGAAAGAAGGGCUGAUCUUUUGGAACUUGAGGAGCAAGUUAGGAAGCUGGUUCAGGAUUUGAGUAGCAAUUCCAUUGAUGUGCAAAGAGAUGCCACAGCUGAACUCCGAUUACUUGCCAAGCACAAUAUGGAUAAUCGUGUUGUAAUGGCAAACUGUGGUUCCAUCAACUUGUUGGUCAACUUACUUCAUUCAGAAGACAUGAAAGUACAGGAAAAUGCUGUUACCACACUUCUCAACUUAUCAAUUAAUGACAACAACAAGUGUUCGAUUGCAAAUGCUGAUGCAAUUGAACCUCUGAUUCAUGUCCUCCACACAGGGAGUGGUGAGGCUAAAGAAAACUCUGCUGCUACACUUUUUAGCCUUUCUGUGAUUGAGGAUAACAAGAUGAAGAUUGGGAGGUCUGGUGCUAUCAAACCUCUUGUGGAUUUAUUGGGAAAUGGAAGUCCUAGGGGCAAGAAAGACGCAGCAACAGCUUUGUUUAACUUGUCAAUACUUCAUGAAAACAAGGGUCGCAUUGUGCAGGCUGGUGCUGUUAAGUUCCUUGUAGAGUUGAUGGACCCUGCUGCUGGGAUGGUUGACAAGGCUGUUGCUGUUUUAUCAAAUCUCGCAACCAUUCAUGAGGGAAGAGCAGCAAUUGGUCAGGAAGGAGGAAUUCCUGUUCUGGUUGAGGUUGUUGAGCUCGGUUCUGCAAGAGGUAGGGAGAAUGCAGCAGCAGCUUUGUUGCAAUUAUGCACUAACAGUAGCAGGUUCUGCAAUAUGGUUCUCCAGGAAGGAGCUGUACCUCCGUUAGUAGCAUUGUCACAGUCUGGCACCCCAAGAGCCAGAGAAAAGGCUCAGGGACUUCUUAGCUACUUCAGAAACCAACGGCAUGGUAAUGCAGGGAGGGGCUGAUUUUUACACUGGACAGUAACACAUAUUUUUCUCAAGGUAGCUGACUAAAUGCUGCUUGUAAAUUUGAUACUGAGAGUUAUUUAUGUAGAGGAUUCGGCUUAUUGAAACAUUCU